AUGUUUGCUCUUAGUACAGUUAACAUUGUUAUGAAAAACUUAUUGGCUCUGAUCCCUACCGGAUCAGUGAUACUACCUGUUAUAAAUGAAAUCCGAAACCUCGGAUUAUUUAUUGGUAAUAAAGCAACAGCUCUUGCUCUGGGAGGACUUCUUGGCCGCGCACAUCAGUGCAUUGAAGGACAGAAGGCUCUCCAGAUUGCUCAAGAUGCUGCUGCAAUUGCCAGGAUGGACGCCGACGACGACCUUUUUUAUGCCACCGAAAUGAUCUCUCUCCUGAAGGAAGACUGGAUGGAGGCUCAGGAGGAGAACCUUUUCCUCCUGGAUGAGAUCGAAGACAUGAAUUUCAACGAAGCAGCUCUAAUACAGACGAAUGAAGACUUACUCGACCAGUUACAGGAAGAAAAACACUACGUUGAAAAGCGAGGUAAAGACUACGACUCUGCUGAAGAGGAGAAUGAACACCUGAAGAAAAAGCUCGCAGAGUUGCAGGAAUCAUUAAUCCAGAAGGAAAAAGAGAUAGAAAAUCAAAAUGAGCACCUCGCAGGGAAAGAGAAAGAAUGUCAGGAGAACCGACAAAAAGUGGAAGAACUGAAGAGACAAGCUGAAGACAACGAUUUCUACUGUGGCUACCUUGAGGAAAAAGUAAAGGCCCACGAAGCAGAGAGAAAGAGACUGACCAAGGUGGCCACAGAACUCGAGGAAAGACUGCGAGUCUCACAGCGAGAACCAGCGUCUGUUCUCGCUAGAAAUUUGGAUCAAGGGAAAAAUAACGGUCGUGAGACGCAGAAGACUCAAGGUUUGCAGAAGGAGGCCCAUAUCAUGGAAGCCAGAGUUCAGUCGCUUCCGAAGAAGAACAAAGAUGAAAAGCCUAAGAAUGAUGCCUCGGCUGAAGAGAACAUAGCAAAAGGAAACACGUUCUACAAGCUUGGACGCCUGGAAGAAGCUUGUGAAUGUUUCCUCAGAUUACUGAAUGUGGCCGACGAACAAGCGGACUACAGGCUGAGACUGGGAUUGUGUCUCUUGUUGCUUGGCAGACACAGCGAAGCUAUAGUCCAGCUUGAAGGAUUAGAUGGUCGAAAAGAUUUGGUUGCAGCCGCCAAAGCCCUCCAAAGAAUGCAAUGUCACGGCUGCCCCUACUACAUCCUGGGAAUUGCUGAAACGGCUAAUUUGAAGGACAUAGAGUGGGCCUACAGGAAGCGGGCGCUCAAGUUCAACCCUGAUAGGUGCCAAGGGUCUGAAGAAGAGCGACAACGCAAGAAGGAAAUCAUGCAGAAGGUCAAUUAUGCCAACGGUCUCCUGCAUGAUGCUGAGGAAAGACGAGAAUACGACACUGUCAGGGAGUUCAUCAAGGAACAAGCAGCUAGAGUGUUUGAAGAUCCUCAGGAGGCCAUGAAAGUAAAGAGGAAGAGACCUGGAAGGAGAGCGAAGAGGAUGAACACUAAAGGACACCUAGGAGGAAACAGCCCCUGA